UUCAACUGUCAUAUUUACUCGGACGCUCCCUUCAACUGUCAUAUUCCCUCUCUCUCUGUCUCUCUGUCUCUCUGUAACGAGAAAUGGACGGUCUGAUCAAGAACUUGAGGGACGUGGCGCUUGGCCGCGAUCAGAAGGACGACGAAUCGAGCGCCGAGUCCCGUGAUACACGGGCUAGAUCCAGCUGGGCGCAAGUAGUAUCCGGGGAGCAGGGUAACUGUGACCAAGCGAGCAGUGAUUACUCGCAUGGUUCUCGUCCCACAAAUCAGUGGCGGGAAGAGGAACUGAGCGAGGGGAUCAAUGAGAGGCGACCUUCAAGGCGAACCCCAAAGGAUGAUUAUGAAGGGUGUGAAAGAAGUGAACGUGAUAAGCAACAUGAUUAUAAUCAAAACCAGUGGGAUGGAAAGAAGGGAGGGGAAGAAAAUAAUGAUGGUUGGGAGACAGUUGGCAGAAAGCAUCCCAAGCGAUCACACAAGAUUGAAAAGGAGCACUGGAAUGGUUACAAAAGACCUCCUAGCGAACAAGUAUACUCUGAUGAGGUUGAAAAUGGUGAAAAGCUAGUGCCUUCAGAUCAGGAGCUUGCGGACCUAUCACAAGCUUUCAACAGGCUCUGGCAGCUUGACAUAAACCGUUUGGUGCCUGGCAGAGACUAUCAGAUUGAUUGUGGUGAAGGGAAAAAAGUAUUUGAGAGAGAAGAUAUGGCAGAAGGAAGCCUAUUUAGCUGGCUAAAGGAAGAUGUGUUAAGGAGGCCUACUUUUUCUCGUUUUUGUUCUCUGCUUGAUAACUAUAACCCAAAUGAAGGGUGCAAAGAAGUUGUCACUUAUGAAGAGAAACAAGAGCAAGCUGCUUUUAUAGAGGAAAUCAGCAGAACUGCACCCAUUAAAUACAUUCAUAAACUUCUUGCAUUUAAAGGCAUUGUAUCUGAAGAUUAUCAUGAUUUUAAAAGAAUAUUGACAAGUCUCUGGUUUGACCUCUAUGGUCGAGGUGGUACUUCUGGUUCCUCUUCUGCUUUUGAACAUGUUUUCGUUGGAGAAGUUAAGCAACGAGGGGAAAAAGAAGUUUCUGGUUUCCAUAACUGGCUUCAGUUUUAUCUAGAAGAAGCAAAAGGAAGGGUUGAUUAUCAAGGUUAUAUUUUUCCCCGACGACGUGGGCAAAUUCCCGACUCUGAUACCCAGUUGCUUACUGUUCAGUUUGAAUGGAAUGGAAUUCUCAAAUCUGUAUCAAGCAUUUUAGUUGGUGUGAGCCCAGAGUUUGAAGUUGCAUUGUAUACUCUUUGUUUCUAUUUGGGUGGAGAAGAUAACCAUAUGGAGUUGGGUCCAUACCCUGUUAAUAUUAAGUGCUACCGCUUUGGAAAUCGAAUUGGGUCCGUAUUUCCUAUAGCAGAGUGUUGAAUGAAUGCGUUUGGGAGAGGUAUGCGGAAAAGAUAUUAUGAUUGAUACCCUCUUUGUAAGGACUUUGACUUGCUAGUAUGAUCAAAUGAACCUAAAUAAACUUGUUUUCGUAUAUUUUAUUCUAGAUGUUGGCAUUAUAGGCCAAAGUUGUUAAGCAGGUGGUCCUUUAAGAGUACUAUUAAUGCAGCUUCAUUUUGCAGAGU